AUGCUAAAGCUUCCGACUUUCUUACCGCCUUCAAGUGGUGAUGUGUUCUGUAGAAACACAUCUUCCAGAGUAGAAACAGAGGCAUUAUUGAGUUGCUGUUUGUAUGUUAGUCUUUUAGCUUUUCUAAACGCCGAGGUUCACCCUUUGCCUCAUGCAAAAACACCUCAAUACCACGUAUACAUGCAUGCACCUAUGUUUCUAAAUCGUGCUGUUUUUGAUGAUUCUCAUGAAGCUAGCGGGAAGAACCAUAUGGAGGAUGAUAGGUGGGGAGAGCAGGUUUUGGAUCCAUCAAACGAAAAUGGUUUAGAAAAUGGAUUGGAGUUUGACCGUUAUGAACCUUAUUACAGUGAUGACAAAAAGGAGCAGAAUGAACUUCAAGAUGCAUCCUAUUUUGGUGGUUCACCCACUAGAACGAAGUCUCCAGAGAAAACAGGCUUUGGACAAAAUGAUCAUCAUAAAAUUUUGGAUCAUCUCAGCAAUUCAAAAUCUCGAAAAACGUGCUAUGCAUGUGGUAAAGUGGGUCAUGAAAUGCGGAAGUGCCCCUCACAGCUGGAGAGACCCAGAACAAGGUCUCAACUGCCGAGUCAAAGUAGUGAUGCUGCUCCAAUGAGGCAUCAGAAAAACGAUAGGGAGCCAUCGACUUCAAGAAAUAAUCGGAGAUUGCUUAGACGUGGAGAUUCUCCCUCAGCACAGCUUACUUCCAGACAUAGGAAACAAAAGUACGGGGAGAACAAUCGAAAUAAGACAGAUUGUGAAAGUCCAGAGAGACACCGUUCAAAGAAAGCAAGGGUUCUGUUGUCGUCUUCAAUCCACUCUGAUUGUACUGCAUCCAGAUUGCAGUCACCUACAAGAUCAAUAAGCUCAUUCUCUGAGUCUGUUUCCCAUUCCAAGUUCAAAUCAGCAUCAUCCAGAAAAAAUUCUCCGUCCGCUCAUUCGUGGUCUUCAACGUCAUACCAUUCUGGAUCUAAACCCUUCAUGUCGAGGUUGACAUCAAGCUCAAACUCUCCCACAUCUCUGGCUUUACCGGUAGCACUCGAUAGAUGUUUUUCUUCGUCACCAAAUAAAAUGCAAACAGAUUACAGGGGAGACGAAAAACUGGUAAAAGGUGUCAGUGGCACCAAAUCUGAAAAUAUUACAGUUACGGAAAAUGAAUCUGCAGCCGCAGCAUUGAGAGAGGAAGGAAUGAAAAAGGAUCUUGCCAUAAGGGAAGACGCGCACAAUAUUGCCUUCACCAUGAGAGAGAUGCGGGAAACUCCAAAUGAGUACUGUGUGGUGGAACAUACAUCGGCAAAAGAGCCUGAAAUCUCCGUGAGAUCAAAUGCUGCCCAGUCAACAAGACUGUCCUCUGAGGAAAUGUACACAUUUCUAAAACAUUAUCGACUGGAGCAUCCUGAGGAAGAUAAAAAGGAUCUACCUGCUGAAACGUAUCUAGGGUGUGCUCGCACAUGGCCUUGGGAGAUAAUAUACUAUAGAAAACUAAAGAAGGGUGCAAUUUCAGCCGAGAACUAUGCACGGAGAAUUGCUCAGAAUAAAGAGUUCUGUAUCGUCGAUAAUUACAUUCGUGGCAGUAGUGGAUGGGGAGAAUUGGGUGAGGAUAAUCCUUGA